AUGGUAGGUAAUUACAGAACUGGUCUAGGCCGUUCAGAUGUUCUGCAGGUAAAUCCUUUCAAUGGUGUGGUUGCUGUUGGCCAUUCUGGCGGUACAGUAAGCAUUUGGAAGCCUACCAGCGCUGCUCCCCUUGUCAAGAUGUUGUGUCACCGUGGACCUGUCACAGCUUUGGCCUUUCACCCUAAUGGCCAUCUCAUGGCGACAGCAGGUAUGGAGAGGAAAAUAAAGCUUUGGGACUUGAGAAAGUUUGAGGUUCUCCAAACAUUACCUGGACAUGCCAAAACCUUGGAUUUUAGUCAGAAAGGUUUGCUUGCUACAUCAACUGGUUCGUUUGUACAGAUUUUGGGAGAUUUAUCUGGAUCUCAGAAUUAUAGCAGAUACAUGGGUCAUUCUAUGGCAAAAGGUUACCAGAUACAAAAAGCAGUAUUCCGACCAUAUGAAGAUGUGUUGGGGAUAGGGCAUUCGAUGGGUUGGUCUUCGAUCCUUAUUCCUGGGUCCGGAGAACCCAACUUUGACUCUUGGGUUGCAAAUCCAUUUGAGACAUCUAAACAACGUAGAGAGAAGGAAGUUCGCUCUCUUCUUGACAAGCUCCCACCGGAGACAAUUAUGCUGGAUCCCACAAAGAUUGGUGCAGUGAGGCCUACAAGGAAGAAAGAAAAGCGAACAAAACAGGAGAGAGAAGAUGAUAUGGAAACUGCUGUUGCAGCUGCUAAAAGCCUUCCCUUUAAGAAGAAAACGAAGGGUAGGAACAAGCCAACUAAAAAGGUGAAGAAGAGGCAGGAAGGCAUUGAGAAAGCCAAGAGGCCUUUCUUGGAGCAACAAAUGAAGGAGGAAGAAUUGUCCAAAAAGAAGAGGAAGAGAAUAAGCGAUGAAAAUCCACUGCCCAAAUCUCUGCAGCGGUUUGCUCGCAACAAAGCAGCAACAUGAUUUUUGUGAGUUUGGUGUUACAGCGUUGAUUUAUUUACCAAUUCUUAGGCUGCUGUAUUAUUGUGUUUCGCCAGUCCCAUUUUCCUUUUCCGGUCUCUCGAAAAUUUUGGACAAAGAUAUAUAGAUAACCGUAGAGUAUAAUAGGGUCUCGGUGCUAGAUACACCGAUACGGAUGCUGGUUGAUCCGGUUGUUGUUGGACGAUCUGGUAAUGGACUUGGUCUAGCUGCCUCCGUGACUUCUACUAGUGCAACUUCCCCAAGAAAAAUGAGAAGUGUGUAUCUGCCAAUGUCAUUUUUGCAACAUUAAAAGUCCACUUUGAGUUUUGUUUUCUUUUUUCUGUAACAGUUGAGUAGGGGGAGAUGGACUAGCAUUGGUUUUUUGGGGGUUUGGGAAAGAAAAGGGGAUGCAGAUGCGGUGGAAAAAUGUCC